CAUUCUCCCAUAAACAUGGGUUUCUAUUAUCACGACCAUGAUCAAUAUAUGUAAUCACCAUCAUGUCCUCACCAUCAUCAUCAUCCCAUCCCUACCCUCUAGACCUAAAUUUCUAUAUACUGUAUUUUCCCAUUCCAAAAUCGAAUUGAACAGCAGCACAAGUCAUUUCCCCCUCCUCUCUCUCUCUCUGAGCUUGGGCAGUACUGAGACAGAAACCAAACCCUAAAUGUCUGAAGUUCUGCCAUGGACAUAACCUCCAGCGCAGCUCCCACCACCAGAGCCUCCCCUGAUACUGACACUGACACCCCACCUCCACCUUCACAACAACCCUUCAAACCCACCUUCACCAACGGCGCAACCCUCAAGCCCCACCACCACCACCACCACCACCACCAACUGCCGCUCGCCACUCUGGUUUCCUACAAGGAAUGUCUCAAGAACCAUGCCGCCAGCCUCGGCGGUCACGCCCUCGACGGGUGCGGCGAGUUCAUGCCUUCCCCCACCGCCACCUCCUCCGACCCUACCUCCCUCAAAUGCGCCGCUUGCGGCUGCCACCGCAACUUCCACCGCCGCGAGCCCGAAGACCCCACCGACCACCCUUUGCUCGACUUCCCCCACCCGCACCCCCACCCCUACCACCACCGCCACCACCACCACCACCGUCCCUCGCCACCGCCACGCCAAGGCUCGGCUUCGCCGUCUCCGCCCCCUCCUCAGGCGUCGCCGCCGCCGCCCUCCACCUAUUACUCUUCCGCUCCCCACAUGCUGCUCGCGCUGAGCACGGGCCACUCGGGCCCGUCGUCCGACGACGGGGCGGCAGGUAAUCCCGCGGCGAAGAUGGCGGAGCAGCCGACUGGGCGGAAGAGGUUUCGGACCAAGUUCAGUCCAGAACAGAAAGAGAAAAUGUUCAGUUUCUCUGAGAAAUUGGGGUGGAAAUUGCAGAGGAGCGACGAGGGUUUGGUGCAGGAAUUCUGCAACGAGGUCGGUGUUAGCAGAGGCGUUCUCAAGGUGUGGAUGCACAACAACAAGCACACCUUCGGGAAGAGAUCAGAGCUCAAUAAUGGCGUCGACGGCGGCCAAAAUAACAUUAAUAAUACGAGCAAUAGUAGAAUGAGCUUCGACAGUACCAACGGGCACGCCCACAAUGAGGCUAAUAGCACUCUCCAUCUCCGCGUUUCAACUAAUGGGUCGUCUUCUUCCUCCUGAUCAGUCUGUUCCAGAGCGUAGGAGUUCAGUUACAGAGCAAGCGAGGUAGGGAAGCGAUCGAACAGAGGUUGCUGCAAGCCUGCAACUGCAAGUUAUAUCGAUCAGUGGGUUUGUUCUUCUUAAUUUAUUAUCCCAUUUCUUCUGUUUCGAUCAAUGAUCAAUGAUUAAUUAAUUACGUACUACCAGUCGCUGUUUCUGUUGAAGAUCACAGCCGGGGAGUUAAUAAGAAUUAGGUUCAUAUUGAUGAAUUGUCUGUUAAUCUCCCUUAUUUCCUUUAUUAUCAUAUUAUUAGAGUAAUUGCCUUACUUCAUUUGCGAGCAUUAGUUAAUGAUCUUUCAGCUUCUUAAAUAUUAUUGCAAUACAACUCAUUGCCAUGGUUUCUUCCUUC